ACCAGGAAAAGAAAUUAAGGAGAAAUGUCACUAUCAAGUACUUCUCCAUCAGUGACUCUGUCACUUUUUAAAGUAAGAUCACUAUUUUGUCACUUUAGGCUCCUUACAACUGUGAUUUUCAUUUCUAGCUUCAUUCACUCUGUGGUUUUAUCUCUUGCUUCAUCUUGCAGUGAAAUUCAAACCAUUUUCUUGAAACAUUGACCUGCCUUAAAUUGUUUAGAAUUAGACUGCUACUGCAAAAGUUACAUGCUUUUAUCUCUGCUUAAGCUUGGUUUGGUAAUUAUGUGACAUGAUGCUUGCUAGAAGAGGAGCCAAGUGAGUGGUCUAAAUCAUGUUCUGAAGUUGUUGUUGGUUUUGGUGGGGUUUUUUUAGGAAUCAGUAUAACUGUUAAUGCAGGCUUUAUUCUGGAAAAUAGCAGCUUUUACAAUGUUCAUGCUAGAAACUUGCCUUACUUGAAUUUUGUGCUACAAAAAGUUGCAUAUUGGCUCUGCGUGUAUAAAGUGAUGUAAGUACUUGGUACAGCUCAGGCCUCAACUUUUAAAGGCACAAGGAAGGAUUUUAACAUGCUAGAAAUACCAGAACACAUGGAUUACGAUUAAUUCUGGUCUAAAUCUUCAUUAAGUGUUCCUGAGGAAGAUGAAUUCCAUUAUGAAAUACAGGUAUUAGCAUUUUUAUCACUGCUGUCGAAUCAGUAUAAUUACUGUGAACUCACUGUAUAUUUGCUGAGCAAAUUUACCCAUCUGCUGCUCAGCAACUGAAAGAAAUCAACCGAGGUCACGGCUGAGGCUGUAGUUGUGCGACUUCCAUUUGAAAGGAGGAAGAAAGAGAGAAACUGUGCUAUAUUAAGGGAAGUUAGGAGCGAGCUUUGUCUGGUUAGUGCUGAUUUUUUUUUUUUUUUCCCUCCCCAAAGUUAAACUGUGCUUUUAUAAAAAAGUGGUUUUAUAUCUGUCUCUCUGGGAACCUCAGCGUUGUGAAGGAAGGGAACUCAGUGUGAUAUCCUUUCUCUCAACCUCUGAUCUCACCUCUAAGGGAUUUUGUGUUCUGUUUCCCAGCAACGUGAGCUGGGAGUGCUUGGUCAACCCCAUCUUACACGGCAUAACCCUUAGGUGACUGAAGAAAAAGUCACAGCACCCUGCUGGGAUGCUUAAACUGCAAUCUGUGGUUUGGAUGUGACAGCGCACACGGCUGGCCGUGCCCCGCUGGUGCGCGCUGUGUAAUUGUCUGAAAACUGCGCUUUCCUUGGGGGGCAGGAGCUGAAGAGGGAGACGCGGCGCUGCGCUCCGAGCGCGCCCGCGCUCCUCAGCUCGCGGGCAGACCCGCGCGCCCCUGUGCGUCCCGAGUCCCGCUCUCCGCGCACCCCGCGGCGCGCCGCCGGCAGCUGCCUCGCGCACCUGGGCGCCAGGUGAGGGCGGGGCCACGCGCAGGCGCAGGGCCGCCCGCCCGCCCGCGCGCACCUGGCGGCCGCUGAGCGGAAGCCACAGCCGCGCGCCCGGCAGCAGCCUCCUCGCGCCGUGGGCGGCCUCGCGGCCGGGCCUGUGCGGCGGAGGGCACUGCGCGCGGGCCGCGCCUCGGGCUUCUCCCGCGGGACCAGGUCUUAUAAUUUCAAGAAAUGCUGUGACCUAUUUGGAGAACAUAAUUCACAAAACUUUUGUCUGGUGACAAAUUUUUAAAACUAGAAUGGCUUUGAAAAAGACACCUAAACUAUUCAAAAAACUAUUUUUUCACUGGAAACUUUGGAAGUUUAGCAUUAUUGUGAUUGUCUUUCUGGUAUUUUUAUUUUUAUUGCAAAGAGAAGUGGGUGUUCAAGAUUUUAAAGAUGAAACACAAAUCGAGCCAGUUGUUGGAAAGAAAAGUCAUGUAUUAGGUCUCAUGUUAAAUGCUAUGAACAAUAUCAAAGGUGCAAAUCCAAAAAUGCAGAUAAAAGCACCUUUUAGGCAAACUAAGGUUCCUGGAGAAGGCCGCUGUUUGCCAGGACACUAUACUGCAGUGGAACUAAAACCCUUUCUAGAUCGACCUCUUCAAGAUCCUAAUUCUCCUGGAGCUUCUGGUAAAGCAUUUAAAACCAUCAGCUUAAAUUCAGAAGAACAGAAAGAAAAACAGCGUGGAGAAGAAAAGCACUGCUUUAAUGCAUUUGCAAGUGACAGGAUUUCUUUACACCGAGAUCUUGGACCAGACACUCGACCUCCUGAAUGUAUUGAACAAAAGUUUAAGCGUUGCCCGCCAUUGCCAACCACAAGUAUUAUAAUAGUUUUUCAUAAUGAAGCAUGGUCCACUCUGCUCAGAACUGUUCACAGCGUGAUGUAUACCUCUCCUGCCAUACUACUAAAGGAGAUUAUUUUGGUGGAUGAUGCCAGUGUAGAUGAAUACUUGCAUGAUAAACUAGAUGAAUAUGUGAAACAAUUUCAAAUAGUUAAAGUAGUCCGUCAAAAGGAAAGAAAAGGUCUAAUCACUGCACGGUUGUUGGGAGCUUCCGUAGCAACAGGAGAGACCCUGACCUUUCUGGAUGCUCAUUGUGAAUGCUUUUAUGGCUGGUUAGAGCCAUUAUUGGCAAGAAUAGCUGAGAACCCGGUUGCUGUUGUAAGCCCUGAUAUUGCUUCUAUAGAUCUCAAUACUUUUGAAUUCACUAAACCAUCUCCUUAUGGGCAUGGCCACAACAGAGGAAAUUUUGAUUGGAGUUUGUCAUUUGGAUGGGAGUCUCUACCUAAACAUGAGAAUAAAAGAAGAAAAGAUGAAACCUAUCCGAUUAGAACACCUACUUUUGCUGGAGGUCUCUUUUCAAUAUCAAAAGACUACUUUGAACACAUUGGAAGCUACGAUGAAGAAAUGGAAAUAUGGGGAGGUGAAAAUAUAGAAAUGUCUUUCAGAGUGUGGCAAUGUGGUGGACAGUUGGAGAUCAUGCCUUGCUCUGUUGUUGGCCAUGUCUUUCGCAGCAAGAGUCCUCAUACUUUCCCAAAAGGUACACAAGUGAUCACACGUAAUCAAGUCCGCCUUGCAGAAGUCUGGAUGGAUGAAUAUAAAGAAAUAUUUUACCGAAGAAACACAGAGGCAGCAAAAAUUGUGAAACAAAAAACAUUUGGAGACAUCUCAAAAAGACUUGAUUUAAGGCAGCGUCUGCAGUGUAAAAAUUUUACCUGGUAUCUCAGUAAUGUUUAUCCAGAAGCAUAUGUGCCAGACCUGAAUCCUUUGUUUUCUGGAUAUUUAAAAAACACAGGUAACCGCAUGUGUCUGGAUGUUGGUGAAAAUAACCAUGGUGGCAAACCAUUGAUUAUGUAUUCUUGUCAUGGACUUGGAGGAAAUCAGUACUUUGAAUAUUCUGCACACCAUGAAAUUCGACAUAACAUUCAGAAAGAGCUUUGUCUGCAUGCUUCUAAAGGACCUGUGCAGCUUCGUGAAUGUCACUACAAAGGCCAGAAAACUUUUGCUGUUGGAGAAGAGCAAUGGCUGCAUCAAAAGGAUCAAACUCUGUACAAUGCAGCACUACAUAUGUGCCUUACAGGAAAUGGAGAACAUCCAAGUUUGGCAUCCUGUAAUCCAUCAGACCCCUUCCAGAAGUGGAUCUUUGGCCAGAACAAUUAAGAUUUUAUAUUUAUGUGCCAGGAGCAUUUUAUUAGAAGAUCCAUUCCAGACUGUGAUCAUAUAUGUAUACUGCAUUUUUAAGUGAUGCAUACUUUAAAUGCAAAAUGUUUAAACAGUUUCUUUUUCUUCUUAUUUAAGUUGUAUAUAAAAUGUGUCAUCAAAGAUUCCAUAGGAGUCUGUUAUACCAAAGAUCACUGAGGUCCCAAUUAAGAAAAAUGUUUACAAUAUUUCUAUGAUAAGAUUUCAUAUGUUGGCCACUGAUACAUGGAUCCUGUAGUCCUCCUUCACCUUCAAGACCAUAUGUAUAUUGUUUGUCCAUGUAUUGUAGGUACUUCAGAAGAAGACUAAUUUUCUCUGUAGAGUUACAAGAAAUUAUUGGAUACUGUCUAAAAACCAAGACACUUUAUAUUUUUAUGCUCAAUUGGUUGACUUCAUUUACUUUUUUAAAAAUAAUUUACUUUACUCAGUGAACCUUUCUCAUUUUUUUUUAAGUUCCCUCACUUGAAAAAUUUGAUAUUUGUUCUUCAGGUUCAAGCCAAAUAGGCUACCACACCGUGCUCAGCUUGUAACAAGUCAAUUCUUUUUCUGUAGAAGAAAAAAAUAAUUCUCACUCAAAUAUGUAUGUGUGAUUAUUUUAAUGGAAAAUGUGCUUAUUCUGAUUUUAAUUUUCUUUUAUUUAGCCCAAACUUUCUAUAGUUUUUUUUAUAUUUCACGAACUUUAAAAUUCAUGACAGUUAUAUUUUAACAGGUUUCUGAGCUGCUUAACAUGAACAUGUUUUUUCAGCAUUUUGUUCAUUAUUGCUUUUAAAUUAGAUGUUAUCUACUAAACCCACCUUUUUUUCUACCUUGUAGUGAUUGAUACAAUUUUUACCUAACAGGUUUCUAAUGUUAUCUGUACAUAAUUCCUUGUGUAAACACUUGCAUGUUAAUUUUCUUUUUGACGCUUCCCCUUUUACAAAGACUGACCUCAGUUUAAUCAGUCCAAGUGAGACCUUGGCCUUGCUAACUAUUCUGCUAGCUCUUUUAAUGAAAUAUUGUGUUCUUAUAAGCAUCCACAAGUAUACUUCAAUAGAUUGUGUAGAGCUAUGACUUUGUACAUAGACUUCAUUUGAUUAUUUAAAAAUAUGUAAUAGAAUCCUAGAAUAGUUUGGGUUGUAAAGGACCUCAAAAGGUCAUCUAGUCCAACCCCCUGCCAUGAGCAGGAACAUGUUCAACUAGAUCAGGUUGCUCAGAGCCCUGUCCAUCCUGGCCUUGAAUGUCUCCAGUGGUGGGGCAUCCACCACCUCUCUGAGCGACCUAGGCCAGUGUUUCACCACCCUCAUUGUAAAAAAUGUCUUCCUUAUAUAUAGUCUAAAUCUACCAUAUAUUAAUUUAAAAUAAUUACCCCUUGUUCUAUCACAACAGGCCUAUAAAAAAAUCUGUCCUCAUCUUUCUUAUAAGCCCCAUUUAAGUACAUUUAAGGCCACAUUAAGGUCUUCUCAGAGCCUUCUCUGGGCUGAACAACCCCAACUCUCUCAGCCUUUCCUCAUGCAGAAGAUGUUCAGCCCUCUGAUCAUUUUUGUGGCCUCCUCUGGCCCCUCUCCAACAGGUCCAUGUCUGUCCAGCACUGAGGGCUCCAGAGCUGGACACAGGACUCCAGGUGGGGUCUCAUGAGAGCAGACUAGAGAGCCAGAAUUGCCUCCUUCAACCUGCUGGCCGCACUUGUUGAUGCAGCCCAAGAUAUGGUUGGCUUUUUCUUUGCUUAUUUUACUGGAUGCACCAUUCUUGAGCACCCUCCAGUUAGUCUUCCAUUGCAAUCACUGAUCAUGCUCAUUUUCUGACUGUGAUUAUUUCAGGCCUUCUUUAACGAAGGUCACUCUUCUGCACAAGAAAUGUCCUCUAGGAACAAAGAGGUACACUUACUUGAAAAUGUCUCCUUCAGGGUAUGAAUGUAAUAGUAAUGACCAUCCCACCUUUAAAGCAUCUCUCAUCACGUACAAUUGCACUUUAAUAAGGUAAACUCUGUUUCAUAAUAAAAUUUUAUAUUUUGAUUUGGACAA